UUUCGAUUUCCGGUUUAUGUUCGUUUGUCAGCCAAAUAUUUGAAUGUUGUUUUGUUGUUUCAAUAACAUCCGAGUUAAUGAGAUUGAACGACCUAUACAUAGCGUUUUGUUAACUAUCACAUAGCUAGCUCAUUAGAUAUAUAACUGGUUAACAAGUAGGUCAUUCGAAGUAUUAAACGGGUAGAGAUUAUUGGUCUGUCGUUAAGCUAGCUUCGGGCUAGCGAGGUUAGCCCAAACAGAGACUGAACUGAACAGAAAGUGCAGAAAAGCAAACAUGAGAAAUCACAGCCAACUCCGCCAGUGAACACUCAGGGGGAUGGUGUCUAGUGUUGUUGGUCAGUGUGUGUCUGUGAGCAGCGUGUCACCCAGGCAGUGUGAUUGACUAUGGUGGACAGACCUGACGACGAUGACGUUAUCGUCCUGGCCAGCUUCAACAUCCACCGCAGCCAAGGUCGUCGGGCGCGCAGGAGGAACUUUAUCACCAUAUCAGAUGACUCUGACGAGGAGCCGGUUCCUCUGGACCCCAACAGGCCUGUCCUGCUUUCUGACAAACCUGACCAUGAUGAUGUCAGCAUACUAGAGCCCCUGAAUCCUGCCCGGCGACGUGUGAUUCGUCCAGCAGCACUGUGGGGUGUGGCCUCUGAAGGCGAUGGACCAAUCAUAGAGCUAAAAGAGGUUGACGGUCAUCGGACUGCACCCCUUCCACCCACCUCACAGUACAGAGACAUCACCGCCCCAUCCAGCUCACAGUACAGAGACCGAGACGCCUCCGCCCCAUCCACCUCACAGUACAGAGACCGAGACGCCUCGGCCCCAUCCACCUCACAGUACAGAGACCGAGACGCCUCGGCCCCAUCCACCUCACAGUACAGAGACCGAGACGCCUCGGCCCCAUCCACCUCACAGUACAGAGACCGAGACGCCUCGGCCCCAUCCACCUCACAGUACAGAGACAUCACCGCCCCAUACAGCUCACAGUACAGAGACCGAGACGCCUCCGCCCCAUCCACCUCACAGUACAGAGACCGAGACGCCUCCGCCCCAUCCACCUCACAGUACAGAGACGCCUCCGCCCCAUCCACCUCACAGUACAGAGACGCCUCCGCCCCAUCCACCUCACAGUACAGAGACGGAGACGCCUCCGCCCCAUCCACCUCAAAGUACAGAGACCGAGACGCCUCCGCCCCAUCCACCUCACAGUACAGAGACGGAGACGCCUCCGCCCCAUCCACCUCACAGUACAGAGACCGAGACGCCUCCGCCCCAUCCACCUCACAGUACAGAGACCGAGACGCCUCCGCCCCAUCCACCUCACAGUACAGAGACCGAGACGCCUCCGCCCCAUCCACCUCACAGUACAGAGACCGAGACGCCUCCGCCCCAUCCACCUCACAGUACAGAGACGCCUCCGCCCCAUCCACCUCACAGUACAGAGACGGAGACGCCUCCGCCCCAUCCACCUCACAGUACAGAGACCGAGACGCCUCCGCCCCAUCCACCUCACAGUACAGAGACGGAGACGCCUCCGCCCCAUCCACCUCACAGUACAGAGACGGAGACGCCUCCGCCCCAUCCACCUCACAGUACAGAGACCGAGACGCCUCCGCCCCAUCCACCUCACAGUACAGAGACCGAGACGCCUCCGCCCCAUCCACCUCACAGUACAGAGACCGAGACGCCUCCGCCCCAUCCACCUCACAGUACAGAGACCGAGACGCCUCCGCCCCAUCCACCUCACAGUACAGAGACCGAGACGCCUCCGCCCCAUCCACUUCACAGUACAGAGACGCCUCCGCCCCAUCCACCUCACAGUACAGAGACACCUCCGCCCCAUCCACCUCACAGUACAGAGACACCUCCGCCCCAUCCACCUCACAGUACAGAGACACCUCCGCCCCAUCCACCUCACAGUACAGAGACAGAGACGGAGACGCCUCCGCCCCAUCCACCUCACAGUACAGAGACGGAGACGCCUCCGCCCCAUCCACUUCACAGUACAGAGACACCUCCGCCCCAUCCACCUCACAGUACAGAGACACCUCCGCCCCAUCCACCUCACAGUACAGAGACGGAGACACCUCCGCCCCAUCCACCUCACAGUACAGAGACGGAGACACCUCCGCCCCAUCCACCUCAACCCAGACCAGACAUCAACCCUUCACCAGGCCUGUCCUGCAGGAGGUCAAGUUAGUUUUGCUCCCUCAGGUCCAGCCCCCUGCACCUCUUCAGCCCCAUGCCCGGCCCCGAUCCCCCCUACAGCAGCUCCACCCUGGACCCCUCAACCAGCCUCCCCUUUCCCCCCAGGCUCUCCUCCUAACCCAUGCCUUCCAGAUCCAACAACCCAGAUCCCUUCAUCCCCAGGUCGCUCCCCAGCCCGUGCCUGCUCCCCAUCGGUGUCCUGCGGGCCCCUGUGGCGUCCCUGCCCCCGCCGUGCUGAUAGCUGCUGCCCCCGAGCGUCUGGGCCUCCCAGAGACCGGUCAUCGCAUCACCCUGGGCAGCCAGACUCUUGGGGGCCUUAACCCCCAGUCCGGAGGCCCGCUGCUGACACACGGCCGCCCUCUGUCCCUGGAGCCACAUGUGGUGGUUGUGGUCAAUCGGCCGGCCACUCAACCUCCCCUCCCCAUCCCGGCUUUCGCUGUUCCCCUGAACCCUAACCCCAUGGUCCCAGCCCCUGUCGUCCCAGUCGUCCCCAGGACAGCGGAGGAGAGGGCAGGUCCCUCAGACCAACAGGAAGUCCAGGGACCAGAGACACCUCAGCUCCAGCCCCACGUCAGAGCACUGGUCAGAGGAGUGGUGGAUCUGUUUCCUGAUGUCCAGGAGAACUAUGUAGCAGAACUGAUCCAGACCAAUGACCUGAAAGACCUCAAUGUUAUCUGUAACAUGUUGUUGGAGAACCCAGCCUUCCCUCAGAGAGAGAGUUCAGCCGCCGCGGCUCAGAGCAGCAUGCUACUGGAACCCUGCAACGACAACUCACAGUCUGCAGAGGACCUGUUUGACUACGGGUCGUUAGGUCAGGUGGGUCAGGAGGCGUCGAUGCAGGCAGCUGACCUCUUGAUGGGAGACUUCAGGAUGAUUUCCUGUCAGGACAUCAAAUGGAGCCUCAACGCCAUGAAGGGGCACUACGCAAUCACACGCAAGGCCUUAUGUGAAGCGGUGAAGCAGUUUCAAGACUCUGAGUCGUUAGAGAAGAGACGACGCAGGAGACAGACUGCAGAACGCUGCUAUAUAGACUUCAAGUAUCAGCAUGGUUCGGUGAAGUUGGAGAGGAGGAUGUACUUCCUGGAGAAGAACCGUCGCGGAUGCAGGACGUACGGAGCGGCUCUGGACCCCUCGCUGCAGAGAGAGAUCAGCUUCUAUCAGCAGAAAGCCAAGGAGCAUGCUGAGCAUGAAGACUUCCUGCUGGCUCUGCAGGUUAAUGAGGAGGAGUAUGAGAAGGACGGACAGCUGAUAGAGUGUGGGUGUUGCUGUGGGGACUUCGCCUUCGAGAAGAUGACCCAGUGUUCUGAUGGACAUCUCUUCUGUAAAGAAUGUCUGGUUAAAUAUGCCGAGGAGGCCGUGUUCGGGUCGGGACAGUCCUCUCUCAGCUGUAUGGAAGCAGGCUGUCCCUGUUCCUUCCCGGUGUGCGAGUUGGAAAAGGUUUUGUCGGACACGGUGUUGUGUAAAUACUACGAGAGACAAGCUGAAGAGGCUGUGGCCGCCACCUGCGCCGACGAACUAGUACGUUGUCCGUCCUGUAACUUCCCAGCGUUGUUGGAUGAAGGUGUGUCGCUGUUCAGCUGUCCCAACCCUCGCUGUCGGAAGGAGAGCUGCAGGAAGUGCCGUGUCCAGUGGAAGGAGCAUGCUGGGAAGUCAUGUGACCAGGUCAUGGAACGAGAUGAGAUACGCAUGAGGGUGGCCUUUGAGGAGCGGAUGACAGCAGCUCGGGUCAGGAAGUGCGUGAAGUGUGGAACAGGUCUGGUGAAGUCCGAGGGAUGUAACAGGAUGUGGUGUCGUUGUGGAAGCUACAUGUGUUACCUGUGCCGAGAGCCAAUCAGUGGAUACAACCACUUCUGUCAGCACGCACGUUCCCCUGGCGCUCCCUGUAGGCACUGCCGCAAGUGCUCUCUCUGGACAGACCCCACGCAAGAUGACGAGCGCAUCAUUCAGGACAUUCAGAAAGAGGGCGAGAAAGAGCUCAACAAGAAGAACGCAGAGACUUCAGGGAAGAGAGUGGGCCCGCCCCCGGAACCUGUGGUGGUUGCUAAGCGACCUCGAGCAGCCCCCCCUCCGCAGGCGGUGGCCUUGUUGGUCCCUCCUCGUGUCAUUCUGCCUCAUCGCCAGCCCCCCGCCCCCUACGUGCCCCCGCUCCUCCACCUGCCCCCCCUCAACUACCACCCCCCCCUCAACCAGGUCAACAACAACCUGAACAAUAUAGACAUGCCCAUGCACUAUGGACCCCCCCCUCGCUACUACAGACACCUAUAACCCCCCUCGCUACUACAGACACCUAUAAUCCCCCCCUCGCUACUACAGACACCUAUAACCCCCCUCGCUA